GCCUCUCAGAAUCACGGCACAGUCCGGAGAAGGCAUUUAGAAAAUACACACUGACGAACCGGGGUACCUCUGCAAACAUUUUCACUGGGGAACAGGUGCAUCUUGCAUGAGCCCCCCGCGCGCCAAAGGCUGUGGGACCAACACACAUUCCUCACUCUGGAAAUACACUAAUAUCGUCAGCAUCAUCUUCACCUGUGUGAAUUAUGGAAUGCUGAGAUUGUCAAUCGCGCGCUCGGAGAAUCGGAUCUCGACCCUCGUGGAGUAGCCCGAGCCUAAGUCAUCUUGCACCGAGCAGAAUGCGCCCUGGUUUCUGAUAGUUAAAUCUUUACUUCAGAAAUGAUACCCUCACAGCAGAAUCAUGUUGUCACCACUAUUGAGACUAUGCCUCCUGAAACCAUCACGUCAUCGCCGACCAUGGUUCAAAGGAUAAGAAAAGUGUUUAGCAGGGAACUUCUAGUAACGCUGGCUCUGGGCCAGGUCCUGUCUCUGCUCAUCUGUGGCAUCGGGCUGACCAGCAAGUACCUGGCUGAUGACUACCACGCCAACACGCCCGUGUUCCAGAGCUUUCUCAACUACAUCCUACUGUUCCUGGUCUACACCACCACGCUCGCCGUCAGGCAAGGUGAGGAGAAUUUACUGGCAAUACUGAAAAGGCGAUGGUGGAAGUACAUGAUUCUGGGAUUGAUAGACAUCGAGGCUAACUACCUGGUUAUCAAAGCCUACCAAUACACCACACUAACCAGCGUACAGCUCUUAGACUGUUUCACCAUCCCUGUGGUGCUGCUGCUGUCCUGGUUCUUCCUGCUGGUGAGGUACAAGGCCGUGCACUUUGUGGGCGUCGGGGUGUGUCUGCUGGGCAUUGGCUUAAUGGUGGGGACAGACGUCCUGGUGGGAAGACAACAGGGCCUAGGGGACCAUAAGCUCCUGGGGGACCUGCUGGUGCUGGGAGGGGCCACGCUGUACGGCAUCUCUAAUGUGUGUGAGGAGUUCAUCGUUAAGAACAUGAGUAGGGUGGAGUUCCUGGGUAUGAUGGGACUGUUUGGCUCCUUCUUCAGCGGCAUUCAACUGGCCAUCAUGGAACACAAGGAGUUGUUAAGGGUGCCCUGGGACUGGCAGAUAGGGUUGCUCUACAUCGGCUUCAGUGCCUGCAUGUUUGGCCUGUACAGCUUCAUGCCCGUGGUUAUCAAAAGGAGCAGCGCCGCGUCGGUCAACCUCUCUCUGCUGACCGCUGACCUCUAUAGUCUGUUCUGUGGCCUCUUACUGUUCCAGUACAAGUUUUCAGGGCUCUACCUCCUGUCCUUCGUCAUCAUCGUAUUGGGUCUGGUCCUCUACACCUCUUCCUCUACCUACGUGGCCCAGGACCCGCGCAUCUACAAGCAGUUCCGCAACGCCGGCCACCCCAUUACGGACACGCCCACUCUGGGGCCCCUGGAACCCUCGGUGACCUAUACUAGCCUGAGGCAGGAGAUAGAGGAGGAGCCUCGCAUCAGGGUGGCCUGAGGGGGUGGAGCCUAAUGAGCCACUGCCCCGCCUCCCAGAUUCUGUACAGAGAGAAUGAUAAUGAUCACUGAAUGAUAAAGAUAUAAUCGAAAACAUGUAGCAAACAAGCAAAAGUACACUGUGAUCACAAACUGUGAAUAGAUAACAGUGACUAUUUCAGAUUUUGAGGAUUUGUUUCAUGUAUAGAAAUAUACCCCAUCACGUUCCCUCUUACUGUACAUUUGACAUGUUUAAAAAGGUUUUGUGUUAAAGACUUGUGUAAAUGGUGACUGUUUCUUUUUUACAUCAGCACAAAUCUUUAUUGGAUUUUAAGAUUUGAGCUGUGGGUCUAGCUCUCCCAUUUACUUUAUUCCAGUGUUGUAUUGUUCCCUUAGAGAUAAGCUCAAGUAAUACACAGACUUACCAUGAGUCAGCGCCUUACUAUGUAUUACUGUUGUGUGUUAGAGCUGCACAUUAUAAAUGGCCCCUUCCCUGUAAGCCCAGAAUUGUCUGUGGACAUUGGAUACUCAUGUGGCCCCUCAAUUUAUAUUAAUAAACUAUUUAGAACACUGUGGAUUGCUCGGGAGACUCAUGGGCGGCGCACAAUUGGCCCAGCGUCGUCCAGGGUAGGGGAGGGAAUGGCCGGCAGGGAUGUA